AUGCCGCGCUUCUCGUUGGACUGCGGCAACGAACGGGAGGCCAUAGGCAUGAAGCCACACCUGCAGUUGGUAGGAGCCCGUGUCGUCGAAAGCCUUCCUGCCGCUGAGUACCAUGGCCUGUCCGUCCCGCAGGAAUUCGGCCUGUUUGUCUUAAAAGUUGGACAGAAUCCGUUUGCGACGGACAUCCGCGCCAAGAUGGUAUGCCUGAAGAAAGAGAGCGCGUGGAUCACGCCCACGCGGUUUAAGAUGCCAUCUCCACCGUUCGUACCGUUCGGCCAUCCACUGCCACGGCGGCGAGACGCCUCUCUUGGUCUCUUACGCUUGUGGGCCACAAACCGACGACUUGCUGCCUCCGAGCUACGCGACACGAUAUCGCUGUUGGCCGAGGCCAAGAACAUCCUUCGCCGAUAA